AUGGGGGACUUCAACGAUGUGCUUCAUCCAGAUGAGAAGAGGGGUGGAAAUCCACAACCUAGAAGAGUAAUGGAGGGUUUUUCUGAAGCAGUUGAGACUACAAGCUUAAAGGAUUAUGCCUUCGAGGGUUAUCAAUUCACUUGGGAAAGAUCGAAGGGUACACCGAAUUGGGUCGAAGCUAAGCUUGACAGAAUCCUGACCUCAGACGCCUGGUGUGAUCUUUACCCUAAUGCGCAAGCUUCAUCGGUGGUUGUCUCCAAAAGUGACCACCUCCCACUGUUUCUGGAAAUCAUUCCUUCCACCAACCCAAGUCAUAGAAAUCGGUUUAGAUUUGAGAACUUAUGGCUCAGAGACACCACGAGCAGAGAAAUCAUGAUUGAAAGUUGGGCUCGGUCUAGAGACUCUCACCUAAUUGAUAGAGUGGAGAGGUGUGGCAAGGCAAUAUGGAGAUGA